CUACACAUUUUUCGGACACCUGCGCAGUAGAAUUAGCGAGCCCCUUUAAAUGUAGCCUACGUGCAAAGAUGGCAGCUCAAGUAGACUUGCUCCGGGCCAAAGUAGAAGAAGAGAAGGUGAGGGACAGGCUUGAUAGAUUCAUCAGAGAGAAGAAGAAGAAGAAGAAAAGGGACGCGUCGCCGUCAGCUGACAAACGGGAGAAGUCUGCGAAAGAAGAGAAGAAAGUGAAGCUCCAUCACCACCAUCACAACCACCAGCACGGUGAGCACCGGACCUACCAGCCGCACCAGCUGCAGCAGAGUCCGAAACCACACAACUUCAGCGCAGAUAAACAUGUCCCGCACAUCCAUCCGCAAAGCCACCACCACCACCAUCCGUGCCACAACCGCGGUCUUACCAAUGGCACAAAAAACCUGCAGCCGACUCUGCCGCCGCCUCCUCCUCCUCCUCAGCCGCGGAAGGCACCAGAGCAGCUGCAGAAGAGGAAGAAGAAGAAGAAGAAGAAGAAGCAAGCGGUGCUCUCUGAGCCACCUGCGCUCUUCACGUUCACGCCUCUCAAAGUGGUCAAGGCCAAGCCCCAGGAUUUCAAAGAAAAGCAUCGGGAUAAAGACCUGAAGCUGAAGAAGGAGAAUACCGAGGCAAAUGUGAAACACGCGGAACUCAAGAAAAAGAAGGAGCCAAGGCCCCACAACGGGAAUGUCAAGUCUCUGACACUGGAGGAAUACCUCCUGAAGAAGAGAAAGAAGAAGAAGAAGCACCGCGAGGAUGAGCACGGUGCCAAAAAGGUCCGGUUCAUGCACAACAAAGCGGUUCAGACUGUGGGGCUUGGGGCAGACCUCACUCUGCCCGUUCGCCCUGACCCGCCUCUGCCAGGCACCAGGAAGCAUGAAAGCAGAGACACCGUGGACAACCACCAACCCUACCUCCGUGCCCUCAAGCUCGGACACGUCCCCUUCCUCUCCCACCAAGACCACUACAUCCGCAGCUCCUGCCUGCAGACGGGCACCUGGUGCGGACGCUUCAUGCACGAGGAAAGGCAAGCCAAUGGCGGGGGAUCAGUUCUGCAUGCGUAUGCUGAUGAGAUCGCUGGUCUCAGCCCGGCUGAGAUGGAGUGCUUUUCACAGGAGUUUCUGGAGUUGGCCUUUGCUGAGACACCCAGAGGUGCAGCCUCGUAUGCCUUGGCAGUGGUGCACAGUGCAGCCGCCUCCCUACCUGACUUCCUGGACUACUUUGCCUUCAACUUCCCCAACACGCCGGUCAAAAUGGAGAUACUGGGCAAGAAAGACAUUGAGACCACCACUAUUGCCAACUUUCACUCUCAGGUGAGCCGGACUUACUGCUCAGGAACAUACCGGUCUGGACCCAUGAGGCAGAUCAGCUUGGUGGGAGCUGUAGACGAGGAAGUUGGAGACUAUUUCCCAGAGUUCCUUGACAUGCUGGAGGAGUCGCCCUUUCUCAAGAUGACCCUCCCGUGGGGAAGCCUCUCCAGUCUGAAGCUGGACUGUCGCUCUCAAAGUGACGAUGGGCCCAUCAUGUGGGUGCGACCAGGAGAACAAAUGGUGCCCACUGCCGACAUGCCCAAGUCUCCGUUCAAAAGACGCAGGUCCAUGAAUGAGAUCAAAAAUCUGCACUACCUGCCGAGGGCCAGUGAACCCAGAGAGGUUCUGUUUGAGGACCGGACUAAGGCCCAUGCUGACCAUGUAGGCCAGAGCUUUGACUGGCAGAGCACUGCUGCUGUGGGGGUUCUGAAAGCUGUGCAGUUUGGAGGAUGGAAUAACCAACCUCGAAUAACCAAAGACGUGGUGUGUUUCCAAGCUGGGGACUUCAAUGAAGUUGUCCACAGGCUGCAGCUGGAUCUGUAUGAGCCCCCAGUGUCUCAGUGUGUCCAGUGGGUAGACGAUGCCAAGCUCAACCAGCUGAGGAGGGAGGGCAUCCGCUACGUCCGUGUCCAGCUCUGUGACGACGACAUUUACUUCAUCCCAAGGAAUGUCAUCCACCAGUUUAAGACCGUGUCUGCAGUCUGCAGCCUGGCGUGGCACAUCCGCCUCAAACAGUACCAUCCAGAGGGCAAGGGCAAGGAGGAGGAGAGGCGGCCCAAUGAUCUCAGCUCCACCUUUGGGCGAUUCUCUUUUGCCUCCCCUGCCAGGCCUGACGCCACCGUAGCCCCCUGUGCACGGCCACAGGCGGACAACAUUCAAGGUGGCGUGGCCAAGACUGAAGAACUAGAGUUCCAGAGGCCGGCAACACCUCCCCGGGAGCCUCAGCCAGCCCCUCCACAGCCCACCAAAUCUGCUCACGUGCCCCCAACAUACCGAGAUCCCCACCUUUUCUCGAAAAAAGUCCACCCUGGUUGUACACCUUCAAAAGGGCCCAUCCAGCUCUCGUCCACACAACAGCGUUCCCUAAAUGACCCCACAAUCUCUCUCUUCCCACCGGGGUAAGAGUGAACCUGAAAGAAGCGUUGACUAAAUCUGACGCCUGCGUCAAUCAGGAAGCCUUUAAAUUAUUCUUCACACUCUUUUCUGUAUCCUUAAAUGUUCAUGAAAUGUUCCAAUAUGUUUUUCAGCCAAAGGGAUUCGAUGGGACUGUGUAACAUUUUUAGCACUUAAACUGGAACGCUCUACUGUCUCAUUCAAGCUGUGUGUAUCAUGUAAAGAAACUGUUCUUUACAUGAACAACUAUGAGUUGCCAACUCUUACUGUGCGACGUUUAAUCUAUGUUGAAGGCGCCGCUGUUUCUUCUUUUCAGAGAAUUACUUCAUCGAAGCUGGAAAGUCUGCGGCAGGUGGAGUCGUUGUUUACAUAUAUACGAUAUGAUUACUCUCGACGCAUGAUAUCGUCAUGAUACUGUUUUAUUCAUUUCAGUGACAAAGUGCAUAUAGACUGACCUUACCCAGAAGGUACGUGUAGUUUCAGAGAUUGAGGAUGUUGUCUGUAAAGCUGGGCCUUUGCCAUUUGAAUCAAAAGCUCGCCACACUUUUGAUUUCCUGGAUUGGUUACAGCCAGUAAACAAAGGAAAAUCUGAAUGAGUCUUUGGUUUCAAAUGUCUCUUUUAAAUAAAAGAAGAUACAUUUUUCUUUGAGUUGAGAAUUAUAAUUAUCCAAUUCAUCUUCUAGCACUUACCACUUUUUUUUUUUUCUUAAGUAGCGGUUUGGGCAAUUUCUUUAUUUAAAAAAACAUUUUAUACAAUGCCCCAUUUUCUUACUGUUGCUACUAUUUAAGAUAUUUCAUUAUAUGAACACAGGUGAAUAACCAGUGCUGGAUAUUUAAGAUUAUUAUCUAAGUAUAGGAGCACCUCUAAAUGAUUGCACUUAGCAAUAAUUGUCUGAAUUGUUUCUUCAGGUGUGGAGUAUGUCAUCAGAAUUUGGUAUGUAUAUAUUAUGUUGUUGUUGUUAUAGCUGGGAACAUGGGGAUUCAUUUGAUAUAAAUUCACUCUCACCUUUUAGUUUUGAGCUGGUUUUGUCACGCGGGUGAUGAGGACCAUUGUAGAGGGUUCCUGUGGUAGGGUUCGAGUGUUAUUGUGGGGAUUUAUAUUGUGAAUGCCUGUUUUUUUCUUAUAGGUGGAAAUAAUGAGUCCUGUAUCAAAAUGAUCAAAGACUGAACUGUCCUAAAAAUAACGUUAAACAUUGUCACCCAAAGUUUCUGAUCAGAUUCACAGUUCAUCUGAACCUCCGAGUCCUUUUAUCUACUAUACAGGAAGUGAUGUUGUGAUACUGCCUGUGCUCUACCACUGGCUAUGUUUUAGUGCCUUGUACUGUGUAUGCUUUGCCUCAGCUAAAACUGUGAGGGUUAUUUAUUGAUGCCGUAGUGCAUCUUGUUUAGUUUUUUUAUUUAUUACAAAUAUUGCUCACGUGAUGCUUUUUAUCUGAACGUUACCUGAGAGAUACAAUUACUAAGUCAUAGUGUCAUGCCUACGAGAUCCUGUUCAGUUAUUGUUUUAGUUUGUCAGAAAUAUGUUUGUCUUACUAGCUCAAUGUAGGAAUAAGUUACGAUACCUUUGUACCUGUUGUGGCGCUGUGUUCUAGCACCAGUGAUUGAUGUUGUUGAUGUUUGUACUGAGGCAUUUUGAAUCAGUGUUGUCAGUUUCCUGGGUGAUCAGUUACAGACAGUAGAGAAAACACAAUAAGAGUGCAGAGACUUUCUAUAUUUUUAAUAAAUAAUUUUGUGUGUAACCAGUGUGUAUAACACUGUUUAACUGUACAGGUACAUCAUAUGCAUAGUCGGUAUACAUCACAUUCACUGUACCUUUUGACAAGUUGACAAUCCUUUAAAAUUAAUUUAUAAACUAAAGAUGGACGUGUUAAUUAUGGCAGAAAAACUAAAUGACACGCAUUGUACACUGAAUGAUGUUUAGUUUUUUGUCUUUAUAAUAGAAAAAGUGAUGAAGUAGAUGCAAAGUCAUACCGGUUUUCACAUUUCAUUCCAAAAGCACAAAUGCACACACAUAACGAAAUAUGUUUUAGUAUAACAGCGUUGCUUUAAGCAUUAAAACAAGAAGUGUCAAACUUCUCACUGCAGACUGCCCAAGCAAAUUAUUCUAUCGCCUGAGUUUUUGAGUCAACAUUAAAGUCAUCGUUUGCUGUCCGUGUUGUUCAGUGAGCGAUGCUCACAGAUUAAAAAUCAACCUUAGUUGACAUCCUGUACAAAGUGCAUCAGAGCUGGUAACGAGGUACUUCCUGUUCUCUGCUGCUGAGGGUGCUACUGUGCUGUGCGAGAGAAGAGAAGUGCGUUUCAGGUCCACUGCAUACGAGUCCUAUAGCGGUGCAAUGGAUUAUGUUGAUCACCAUUACAAGAACAGGUCCAGCUUGGAUAUUUAGAGAUGGCUGACUCUAAAUAUCAAACCCAGGUCUCUGGAUAACUCCUGGGGCCUUUUGGCUUUCCAAAACGGUUCCCAAAUCCUGUGGAAGGUGAAGAUGGUGUCACAAAAAAAAUUGUAUGUAACAUUGUAUAAUAUCUUUAUUGUAUAAUAUCAUAUCCUACCAAAUUUGAACACUGAAGAUGAAGCGCCAUGUGCUGGAGGUUGUGUUCCAGGUUGGCUGGGAGCCGGUGAAGGGUCAGUUUUAGCUGAGAAUAUAGUUUUAAAACGUGUUAAUCCUACUUUUCCUAUAAACAUCAGUUCAUUUAUUGAGCUAACAGUUAAAUAAACACUUACGUUUUUGUUUGUGUCUAAAAAACUUCAGACUCUGGGACAAAGGAGACAAAAACAUAGAUUUAAUUUGCUACAUCUAAAAAUGUUCUUUUUAACUAGCUGCGUGCAGCUCUUGUGUUACCCUUGAUCGAGACAGGUCCUUCUCGUUGCUUUUGUCUGAUUUGUUUCCUGAUGUCUCAGUCUUCAGAGAGGGCCUGCGGUUCACAUCAUGCUGCCCCACUUGCGCUAAAGAACACAGAAACAGAAAGGGAAUAAAAUGAUUUGCUGCAUUUUGAAACUGCCCGGAUGGUGACCCCC